CUAUUUUAAAGGAAUGAAGGGAACUUCAUUUGACUAUUGUCUUUACUUAUGAAAUGAUGGUGGGGAUUGUAGCGUAUGAAGUCGACAAACACAUUCUACCUUGUUUGUUUACCGGAAGAAAAGAUUGCACCGGAAGUCUUCAUUUUUGACAUCGGGAUCGAGUGCACUCAACAGAUUAUUGACUUUAUUCAGUUAAUUUUUGGUCUUUUCCCUAUCAUGGGUACCCUAAUAGAAUCAUACGAGCAACAAUACUCAAGUUUAACAGCUGAAAUAACCUUUAACAUUGGAAGAAUCUCUAAUACUCAUGGAGCUGAAAGACAGCAGCAUAUUCGACAGGCUGAUAAGUUAUUUGAUGAAGCAACAGAAUUGCUUGAGCAGAUGGAGCUGGAGGUGAAAGACCUUCCCAUCAAAGACAGACAAAAGUACAACACACGGGUCAAAAGCUACAAGGCCGAACUCUCCAAACUUCAGAAAGACAAUAAACGAGCCAAACUUGGUAUAGACAGCAGCAGAGAUGAACUCCUGGGCGAUGAUACACAUGAUUCAGAGGACCAGAGACAGAGACUAUUAGACAACACAGAAUCAUUAGAAAGGACCUCCAGACGGCUAGACCAUGGAUAUAAAAUCACACUAGAAACAGAACAAUUGGGUGCACAAAUUAUGGAGGAUCUUCAUAGUCAACGACAGACCAUCAGCCGGUCUCGACAACGGAUGGAAGAAAUGGAUACAAACCUUGGUAAAAGUUCCAGAGUGCUGUCUGGCAUGAUGAGGAGAAUUAUACAGAACAGACUGUUGCUCUUGGUGAUCUGUGCCAUUUUGCUGAUUGUGAUUAUUCUGGCCGUGUAUUUCAUUGUCAAGAAGAAGUCAUGACCGAAGCUUCUGCUAGAGGACACUGGGGUCAUUAGUGCAAUCUCCUUGUUUCUAUCAAACUUUCAACACACAUUGUUGUGAAUUGUUUUAUUUCGUUCAGAUUUUUAUGUCAGUAUUGUUCACGUCCUUGGCUAAGGAUGACAUAGAAAUAUGUAAGGUUAUGAAUCAGAGAGAGGGUCUA